AUGGAGAGUCUCCCGAUAUAUAGUAUCGCCGCGUUUACCUUUGAACCACUCGCCGCCUCGUUCUGUCCUCCCUACCCAAUGCACCAGCGUCCAACUCAUCCGCGUCUUCACGUUCGCGACGUCCGUGACGCUCUGAUCAUUUUGGAGGCGGUUCGACUCGGGAUCCUCAAACAAGUUACAAGGAGACUUAAUGAUGCCGAGAGGAGCAUGUAUGUUCGCUCGGGCUCGGUCUUCGUCUGGGAGGAGAGCGAAGACGAUGCAGGCAUCAAACGUUGGACAGACGGCUGCAUGUGGAGUCAGAGUAGGAUGAGAGAGCCCUUCCUGUUUUAUGAAGAAAAGGUUCAGGACGAUCGCACGGGUAACGCGACGAGCAAGAAUCGGUCGCAGAGCAUUGGCGAAUCCUCUUCUUCCUCUCUCAGUCCACUGACACCCGCAUUGUCCCCGACUCGCGGCGGACCGAGCAGCCACAGCCAUCAGUCUUCGCCCUCGCACCACGGCUCAGUCCCGCAAGCGUACAGCAAUGCAGUCCAUUCUCCUUUUGGUGAUGGCGCCACUGGUGGUCCCGGGCUCGUCAAGCAAGCCUACUCUGCAUAUGUAACCGCACCGGGCACUUCUAUCCGGAAAAAGUUCCAUUUGACGGCCUAUUUCACGUACGCCGACUUACCGAACCUGCCGACGCUCGAGUCGGAGCCCAUGUUGUGGAAUAUUGUCAUCCCCCAGGGUGUGUACCGGAGUGGGAAGUCGAGAACGUCUGGCCGCAACCUCGCCAACGCCGCAGAGCCGGCUCGUCCUCGAAAGGUCGUCACACAUGGCACUGGCGAUUCGUCACCCUCUCCCACCUCGUCUCCGUCCAGCAUCGGACACUCCCCCCUGGCACACUGGCCCGGUGCUCGCCGUGGGUCGGGCUCGUACUUUGACCCUUCGACGAGCGACAGCGCUUAUGCGUCGGUCACGCACACGUCUUCGUACGCAAGCACGUCACUUGCAGCUGGCGCGUCGUCGAGCUCACGGAUGACCUCUCCGCAUCUCGAAGCGUUUGCGUCCAUCCCACGAUUGCCACCCGUAUCUUCGCUCGCCCUGGAGCCGAGUGGAAACUGUAGAGGCCGGAACUCGGAGGAUAAUCGAGUUAUCAGCAUGCUCAACUCUCGCGGUAUCCCAUAG